AAAAAGUCCCACCUGGAUGAACGUCCCUCGAGUUGGCUUCAAAGUUGUCAAAGAAAUUCCCAAUGAAACAGAACCACCAACGAAAACAGACCCCGUAAAUCAUGCCUCUCGCUCGAUUUCCAGAUGGCUUUCCAUCUCUUUAUUUUUGGAACAUCAUCCCAUCUUGCUUCCCUCAACAAUUCAAGAUUUUGUUUCCUCCUUAAUCAAUCCUUCAAACCCUCCCACACCCACCACACAACAAGGAAGAAGCAACCCAGAGAGAAAGACAGAGCUUGGUUGGGUUGCUUCUUGCUUUUGUGGGGGAAAAACACAUACAUACAACCAAACAAGGGAUUAAGAUCAAAAGGGGUUCUUCUUCUCUAUCUCUCUUCUUUUUUCUUUUUGGUACCCCUUUUCCUUUUUCUCUUGUUUUUUUUUGCAGGGAAAUGUGGAAUCAGAAGCAAUCCAUUGGUAAGGAAAGGAAAGAGCUAUCCACUGCCAAUCAAUUGGUGAGUAUUGCCGUUGAUAAGGAUAAAGGAAGUCAACUUGCUCUUAAAUGGGCCACUGAGAAUCUCCUUGUAAAAGGCCAAACUGCCAUCCUCAUCCAUGUUAAACUCAAAUCUUCCACUUAUUCUGGCUCUUCCAUGGCUUCCCCUAAGGUGAUGUCGGCAUCAGACGCCGGCAAUGUCAAUGGCAAUGUUUUGGUAAGCAAGGAUAUCGAUCCGAGCACAAGGGAUUUGUUCCUUCCUUUUCGCUGCUUCUGUACGCGUAAAGAUAUAUUUUGCAAAGACAUCGUUGUUGAAGAUUUAGAUGUUGCAAAAGCGUUGAUUGAAUAUGUCACUCAGGCUGGAAUUGAGAAUUUGGUCGUUGGUUCCACAUCUAAAAGUAGCUUCUUGAGAAGAUUGAAGACAACAGAUAUUCCAGGCAGUGUUGUCAAAGGAGCACCAGAUUUCUGCAAUGUUUAUGUCAUAUCAAGAUCGAAAAUCCAAACAAUGCGAUCAGCCUCACGUCCUGCUCCAGUUUCAUCUCCUCUUCGAAGUUUAUUGCUGAGCCAAACUGUUAUCAAAUCACAAUCAGCCGAGUCACUAGUUCCUCAGAUUCAAACGAGACCUGAAAAGCCUCCCCUUGAAGCAGCACGUAGAUCUCAGGACAACAUCGAGUUCAGGUCACCGUUCACUAGGAAAGGCUACAAUGGAAAAAUGCCAGGGGAAGUCACUCUGCCAGAUACGGAUAUUUCUUUCGUUAGCUCGGGAAGGCCGAGUGUUGACCGAUUAUUCCCUACAUUGUUUGACAAUGCGGAUACUGGAAGGGUUCCCCCACGACUGUCCAGUGGCAAUGAUGCUGAAUUAUAUAAUAGCUUUGAGUCACAGCAACUUGGACGCAAAUCAUUGGAUGGACGCAAAUCAUUGGAUGGACGCAAAUCCCUGGAUGGACGCAAAUCACUGGAUGUAAACUAUCCACCUGAAUUUUUAUCGGUUUUCUCAGAAAGUGACAGAUUGUCAACUUCGUCACAGAGUAUGGAAGAAGUAGAGGCUGAAAUGAGGAGGCUGAAGUUGGAACUAAAGCAAACCAUGGAAAUGUAUAGCACAGCCUGCAAGGAAGCACUAACAGCCAAACAAAAGGCAAUAGAGCUUCAGCGAUGGAAAUCUGAGGAGGAACGAAGAAUAGAGGAGGCAAGAUUUGCAGAGGAAGCUGCUUUAGCCAUGGUUGAGCAGGAAAAGGCAAAAUCUAGAGCCGCUAUUGAGGCCGCUGAAGCUGCUAAAAGGAUAGCUGAGUUGGAAGCACAGAAGAGAAUUAAUGCAGAAAAAAAAGCAUUCAAGGAAGCAGAAGAGAAGAAGAAGGCAUUAGAUGCUUUGGCUAACAAUGAUGUCAGGUAUCGGAAGUACUCGAUCGAAGAGAUUGAAACUGCUACUGAGUUUUUUUCAGAAUCUUUAAAGAUUGGAGAGGGAGGCUAUGGGCCUGUUUAUAAAGGUUAUUUGGACCACACAGCAGUUGCAAUCAAGGUCUUACGUCCGGAUGCGGCUCAAGGAAGGUCACAGUUCCAGCAAGAGGUCGAAGUACUAAGCUGCAUACGACAUCCUAACAUGGUUCUUCUCCUUGGAGCAUGCCCUGAAUAUGGCUGCUUGGUCUAUGAGUUCAUGGCACAUGGGAGCUUGGAUGACUGCCUCUUUCGCCGGGGAGAAAAUUCAAAACCUCUUUCUUGGCAGCGUAGAUUCAAAAUUGCAGCUGAAAUUGGCACUGCCUUGUUGUUCCUCCAUCAGACUAAGCCUGAGCCUCUUGUGCAUCGUGAUUUGAAACCAGCCAACAUCUUGCUCGAUUGUAAUUACGUUAGCAAGAUUAGCGAUGUUGGUUUGGCCAGGCUUGUUCCCCCAUCUGUAGCAGACAGUGUGACACAAUAUAGAAUGACUUCAACUGCCGGCACGUUCUGUUAUAUCGAUCCUGAGUAUCAACAAACCGGCAUGCUCGGCGUAAAGUCCGACAUAUAUUCUUUGGGAAUAAUGUUUUUGCAGUUGAUUACAGCAAGGGCACCCAUGGGAUUGACUCACCAUGUGGGAAGAGCUAUUGAGAAAGGGACUUUGUCCGAAAUUCUUGAUCCAUCCGUUACCGAUUGGCCAGCUGAGGAAACGUUGUGCUUUGCUAAGUUGGCUUUAAAAUGUGCAGAGUUGAGAAGAAAAGACCGGCCUGAUCUUGGUAAGGUUGUUCUCCCAGAACUCAUCAGAUUUCAAUCGGUAGCCGAAGCCGGCAUUGCAUUCGUUCUGGGGAUGGACAGUGUUAACAGUCCUGAGUUCAGCCGCAGUCAGGCUUCUACGAGAAGAGACAGCGAUUGUUUUUCCUCUCAAUCUAAUGAUAGCUAUGGAGUCUUAUUGCGCUCGGGGUAGUAGUAAAAUCUCUUCUUUUCCAAAAGCAUGCAGAUUUAUGAGGAUCUGUAUUGGGGGACAGGAAAGUGAUAAAUUUUGUAGAUAAUUUAGUGUCCAUAAGUAGCAUCUGUAAUGCUCAAAGCUGUAAGAAACGUCUCUUCCAUGCCUAUUAUGAAAUUUAGAUCAGCCUAUUCUUCAUUUUA